UUGAUUGUGUUCAUUGUACAAAUACAAUCAUCAUCAAUAUAUCCCAUAAAUCCAUAAAGAUUCGAUCAAAAAUUUACAUCUUUUCUUUUGUUUUUUUUAGUUGUUUCUGCCUUGAAAUUAAUUGAAACAUUUUUUUUCUUCAUUUAAUAGUCAUAAUAAUCUUUUUUUUUUUUUGCCAUUCAUUAUUAAUAAUCAGCAUUGCAAAAUACGAUUACAAAUUGAUUUGUUAAUAUUGGCUCGUCUUCUGAAACGAUAAAAAUUUUUCAAUCAAAAAAAAAAAAAAAAUAACCACAAUCACGCACACCGUAUUUUUUAAAAAACGCCCAUUCAUAUUUGAUAUAUAUUCAAAUUUAUUGUCAAAGAAUAAAAAUGCAAAAUCCAUCCGGAUUUCCAACGGCACCAUUUCCACCGAUUAUUAUGCCAUCAUCAUCAAAUACAGCUUCAAUGAUUCCUGGUGCUGGUGUUGGUCAACCAAUCAUUCCAUUCCAACCACCAUUUAAUCCAUUUUCAGCAGCAGCAGCAGCAGCAGCUGCUGCUGCUGCUGGUGGUAUACCGAUGCCACCAGUUACACAACUUACACCUAUGCCACAAACUAUGCUGCCAACAACAACACCAAUGGUAACAUCAUCAUCAUCAUUAUCAUCGAAUAAUAAUAAUUGGGUUGAAUAUAAAACACCCGAUGGUAGUCCAUAUUAUUAUAAUAUCAUCACUAAACAAACAUCAUGGACAAAGCCUGAUGAAUUGAAAAGUGACAUUGAACGUUUAUUGGAUUCUUGCCCAUGGAAAGAAUAUAAAACCGAGGAUGGAAAAAUAUAUUAUCAUAAUAUUGUAACGAAAAAUUCUUCGUGGACCAUGCCAAAAGAAUUGGAAGAACUGAAAAAACAAUCGAAUGAUAAUACGUCAGCUGCAGAAUCGAACGAUAAUACGACAUUCGAACAACAACAACAACAAUCCGAUAAUAGUACCAUUCAGUCUGCUUCUGAAUCAAUCAAUUCACAGACUUCAACUUUGAUUUCAACCAAUGAUAAUAAUAAUAAUGAGAAUAAUAAUGAUCAAACACCAACCAAUGAUGAAAACAUUCAAAAUGAAAAUGUCAAUUCUCAAUUACCAUCAUCAUCAUCGUAUGAUACAGAUUCGAAUGAUAAUUCCAAUUCAAUGCCGGAAACACCACCACCACCACCAUCAUCAUCAAAAUCUGAUUCAUUACCCGAUAGUUUACCAAAACAACCAAGUAAAGGUGAUCUUCUUGAAAUGUUUAAAGAUAUUCUUCGUGAAAAAAAUAUUUCAAGCAAUGCAAGUUGGGAAAAUACAUUGAAAAUUGUUGGUAAUGAUUCACGAUUUGAAAAAUUUCGUUCACAUCCAGAAAGGAAACAAUUUUUCAAUGCUUAUAAAAUCCAACGAGCUAAAGAGGAAAAAGAAGAAAUGAAAAAUAAAAUUCGUCGUGCUAAAGAAGCAUUGGCAUCGUUUCUUCGCCGUACUGAUCGUAUGAAUUCAAUGAUACGUUAUCGUCAUGCAUGUGAAUUAUUUCGUGAUCAUGAACAUUGGAAAAUUGUACCGGAAACAGAACGUCGUGAAAUAUUUGAAGAUGCUGUAGCUGAAUUAUCCCGAAAAGAACGUGAUGAAGCCAAACAGCUACGAAAACGUAAUAUGUCCGUGUUGAGUGAAAUAUUGGAUUCAAUGCCAAAAAUUACGUUUCGUACUACAUGGCAAGAAGCGCAGCAAUUAUUAUUGGAUAACGCAACAUUUGCUGAAGAUUCUCAAUUAUUAAAUAUGGAUAAAGAAGAUGCAUUGAUUGUUUUCGAACGCCAUAUAAGACAAUUAGAAUCAGAAGAAGAUGAAGAAAAAGCACGUGCUAAACGUAUACAAGAACGACAGAAACGAUUGAAUCGUGAAUCAUUCAUACAAUUUCUUGAUGAAUUACAUGCUUCAGGUAAAUUGAAUUCAUUGUCAAAAUGGUGUACACUUUAUCCGGAUAUAUCAUCAGAUGUACGAUUUGAUUCAAUGCUUUCACAGCCAUUAUCUGGAUCGACACCAUUGGAUUUGUUUAAAUUCUAUGUUGAUGAUUUGAAAGCACGUUAUGAAGAUGAAAAAAUUGUCAUCAAAGAUAUAUUGCAAAAAGCAACGGAUUUCAUUAUGACACCGAAUACAGAAUUUUCCGAAUUUGUUACAAUUCUAAGCAAAGAUACCAGAAGUGCUAAAUUGGAUUCUGGUAAUGUAAAAUUAAUGCAUGAAAAAUUAUUGGAAAAAGAACGUGAAAAAUAUCGUGCAAAAAAACGUGAAGAAAAUAAACAACGUAAACGAAUGGAAUCAAUAUUUUUGGAUAUGUUAUCACGGAUAUCACCAUCAUUGGAUGAAAAUUCCAAAUGGAAUGAUAUACGACCAUUAAUUUGUAAUCAAGAAGCAUUUGUGUCCAUAACGGAUGAACAAGAACGUAUUACGAUAUUUGAAAGAGCUAUUAAUUCAAUUGUAGAAAGUUGUUCACAUCAUCAUAAUCAUCAUAAAUCUGGACAUCGUCAUCAACAUCAACAACAACAACAACAUCGUUGUCGUAGUUCAACAAAUGAUGAUGAUGCAUCAUCAUCGAUAUCGGAAUCAAAUGAAUCAAUUGAUGGCGGUGGUGGUGGUGGUGGUGAUGAUGAUGAUGAUGUAUCAAUAUCGGAUCAUUCACGAUCACCAACAACACCUAUUACGUCAUCAUCAUCAUUCAACAAUGAUGAUGAUGAUGAAAAUAAUAGCCACUAUGAUCGAAAUAGUAGUGGUAGUAAUUUACAAAAUAAUCGUAAUAAUAAUUCACGACAUCAUCAUCAACAUAGUUCACAAAAACGUCACUUGAAAUCAAUUGAUCGUCAUCAUCGAUCACAAUCACCAACAUCAUCACCACCACCACCACCACCAUCAUCAUCAUCAUCAUCAUCAUCUAAAGCAUUGAAUCGUUAUCAUCAUCAUAGUCGUAGUCGAUCACCAAUACCAAUUAAUCAUCAUCAUCGAAUUUCAUCAUCAUCAUCAUAUCAUCGUCGAUCAUCAAGUAUAUCACCAACACGAUCAAGGACGAAACGAGUUAAACAUACUUCCGAAUAUGAUAUUGGCAGUUCAACAAGUAGCAAUAGUGGACGUAAUCGAAAUAAUAACAAUAAACGUUAUGAUAAUGAUGAUGAUCCUAAUAAUCAUUUAAUUCCAUUAGAUUCUAUUGGUCUGAAUGGUUCUGAUGAUCUUGAAGAUCUGGAAAAACAACGUAAAUUAUUGCUCAAACAAUUGGAAAAUUCAACAUGAUUUCUAUUUAUUCGAUAUAUAUUGAUGGAAAAUUAGCAUAACAACAUCAUAUGGUCAUCCAAAACAACACACUGUAGUAUAUUAUAUUGGGAUGCAUUUUGCCCCCUACUUUUUCUUUGGACAAAAUCAAACAACAACACACGUGAGUUUCGUUUUUUUCUAUUAUCACACACA